GGUGUGGAUAGUUCAUAAUAAAAUCCUAUUCACUUGGAAGACCUAUAGCAUGCGUGGGAAUUAUUGCGCGUGAUUCGAACGAUUCGAACGAUGUCUCUUAUCCCAGUUCUGCCUCUCUUCAAUGUUACGUCGCACCACUAAAACAACUCAAACACCAUCACUACGCAGAUCCCAAACUUCGACCCAAAAGCGAAGCCUUAGUGAUCAGGACUUGAUUCAAUUCUGUCUUGCCGUCCGGGAGAAGAAGGAUUGGGAGCGCAAAAUUUGGGAUGAGAAGCUUGUUUUGAAAUGGUCUAUCGAGGCGGAGCUUAUACCGUUGGGGUCAACCGUUUUAAAAGGAGAGGCAUUGGAGGCUGUAAGAGAACUCCGUCGUUCUACAUUGAUACACAAACUCGAUCAGCAGAUUACAUUAUUUAGUGGUCCCAAAAGCAAUACUGCGCAACACCACGAGCCUGUUAACGAGCCUGUUGUCGAAGUAGCCCAUUCCGACUUGAAGAAUGCCCUAAAAUAUGCUCGCGGUUCAAGGCAUGCGCUUUGGGAGCCUGAAUUGAGGGAGAAAGGGCUAGGGAUUUUUAUAUCGGAUGAUUUGGUACCAGAAUCUGUUCAUCGCGAGCUCGAACGUGAACUAGACGCAUUAGCUGCAAAAGAACCUAAGGAUUAUCAUCCUGGUUCAUUUGGCAAGGUUCAAGACUUGAUACAUCCUUCGCUCUAUCCUUAUAUUCCUGGCGUGACCCCAGUUUCCUCGCCCUCUAUUAAGCUGCCUCCAACCGUCGAUGGAAAGUUCUACACCAAACUAAGCAACCUGUUUGAUGAGGAAAUGAUCUCCUCUUACGCUUGGAUCCCUUCCGUCUUCAAAGUAUCCCCGGAUGGGACUGACGUGCACAUCGAUGGGUACAUCAACGGAUUAGGUACGAGGGAGGAACAUCCGGGUCUUUUCAGAGUGAUUGAAAAGAUGUUUCUACUUGCGUUACCGCAUUUCGAGAAGACGGUGGAGAAGGCGGAGGAGUAUGAACCAAAAAUGUCCCCAUCAGUUCAACGAUGGAUCCAGCGACGAGAUUUUGCCGUCUCUAACGAAUAUGGACUCACAAAGGAGAUGUGGACUCAGUUCCUUGCUGAACAUCAAAACGAGUGGGAGACGCAGAAACGUGAAGAGGCAGAAGUCAAUGCAAAAUUGCGUAGAGAGAUUCAUGAAGAGAAGGCGAGGAAAGAGAGUUUUUUCAAUCUAGAAGACACAUUUGUUGGUGCUGCGAAUAUGUAUAAAGGACAGGAAUUGAAGGUUAUCGUCAAGGCUGCCAAUUACACUUUAGCACCUGGACGAGAAUACAAAGGUUCGUGGCACAUGGAGGGCAUGCCUCACGAACGCAUCAUUGCCUCCUGCAUCUACUAUUAUUCCACCGACCCUGCCAUUCAAGACCAUGGUCUGAGCUUUCGCAAGUUCCGGGAUGUAAGUGACGAUUUCCCGGGGGUGGAGGAUUCAGAUUAUAGACAUGAGGAUUUCCGACUCUCUUUUCUCGCAAAAUCCAAUGUUUCUGAUGCUGAUGAAAAUGAAUCCGGAAAUUCUGACGAAGAAGAGGAAGCAUACGAGUCCGAAGAUCAUUACCCAAGUGACUGGGAAACCGAAUCCGUUGACGAUGGCUUGAGGAUACCGGUCAACACCACAGCACUUCCAUAUUUCGUCGAUCUAGGGACAGUGCCGACAACGAAUUUUGAUUCGGAUAGAGAAGGAGAACGCAAGGGCGACAACACAGGGAGGAUACUCUCAUUCCCAAAUUGGCUUCAGCACCAUGUCGAGUCGGUGAAGAACUCUGAAUCCAAUCAGAGCAGCAAUAUAACUGAUGACGCUGUCGCAACACGGAAAAUUCUCUGUUUCUUCCUUGUUGAUGACAGUGGGAGUCAAUCCUCCCCCUCUAGAUCUUCCGCAUUUGAUUCCAUCCACAAACCCGGCUUCUCCAUCAGUGGUCUAUCCCAGAUGAAUGUUCUUACUACCUCCGAAAUUCCAAUGCAGGAACGUAAAACGAACGACCCGACGAUCAGCGCGUUCCUUCGUACUGUAUCUCUCAAGUUGACGGGGCAGGAGAUACCUCCGGAGUUGAUUGAAAUCAUAUGCAAUUAUGCGCUGCAAGGAACGCUGACAAGGGAAGACGCGGAGCGACAUAGAUUGGCUUUAAUGAGUGAGAGGAAGGUUCAGGUGAAGGGAAGGUAUGGAAGGGAAAAUACAUAUUCAUUGUGUGAACAUUGAGGGCUUGAGGGGUAUAUACUACAAAUAGGUGUGCAGUCGUGUAAUUUUGUACUGGGCCCUAAAAAUUCCCUGAAAAACUAAAUAUUUUCAUCGUUCAAAAUUCAAAGCCCC